UGCAUUUGCGUCAUUAUAUAAACAGCCAACUAUACUCACGAAAAAUAUAUCAAACAAAACCCAAACAAUUGAUUCAAACAAUAUAAUAAACCGUUCCUUUCUUUUUAUAAGACAAAGACAAUGGCGACCUCAAGCAUCAAAACCAUUCCUAUAAUGGCGAUUCCAAACUUCAACGUGUGCCACAAGCUUGAGCUCCUCAAAGAAGAUGGCAAAAGCCUAGACCCAAAACGUCAAGGAGACAGAGAAGAAGAAGAGCUAAGCUACGAGUUCCGAGAGAUGCUGGAGUCACUUCCUAAGGAGAGAGGUUGGAGAACUCGUUACCUUUACUUAUUCCAAGGGUUUUGGUGCCAAUCCAAGGAGAUUCAAGCUAUCAUGUCCUUCCAAAAACAUUUCAAGUCACUCCAAAACGAUGUAAUCAUUGCAAGCAUACCAAAAUCCGGUACAACAUGGUUAAAAGCUUUAACUUAUACACUCCUUAACCGACACCGGUUUAAUCCGGUUUCCUCAACCACCGACCACCCUCUCCUAACAUCCAACCCUCAUGACCUAGUACCUUUCUUGGAGUACAAGCUUUACGCGAACGGAGAUGUUCCUGAUCUCUCCGGCCUAGCCAGUCCAAGAACAUUCGCAACACACGUCCCUUUCGGUUCUCUGGAGGGUUCCAUAGAGAAACCUGGCGUGAAGGUCGUGUACUUAUGCCGGAACCCGUUCGACACAUUCAUCUCCUCGUGGCAUUACACCAACAGCAUAAAGUCAGAGUCAGUGAGUCCUGUCUCGUUAGAAGAAGGGUUCGAUCUGUACUGCCGAGGAGUGAUAGGUUUUGGUCCGUUCUGGGAACACAUGUUGGGGUACUGGAAAGAGAGCUUGAAGAUACCAGAUAAAGUCUUGUUCUUACGUUACGAAGAUCUUAAAGAAGACAUAGAGUUUAACUUGAGGAAGCUUGCAAGUUUCUUGGGCGUUCCUUUCACGGAAGAAGAGGAAGGAAAUGGUGUUGUGAAGGCAAUCACGGAGCUUUGUAGCUUUGAGAGUUUAAAGAAGUUGGAGGUGAACAAGGCAGGUAAAUCGAUCAAGAACUUUGAGAAUAGACACUUGUUUAGGAAAGGAGAAGUGAGUGAUUGGGUAAACUAUUUGUCGCCUCCACAAGCUGAGAGAUUGUCAGCCUUAGUGGAUGACAAGUUAGGUGGAACAGGUCUCACUUUCAGGUAUUGCUGAACAAGGCCAUGCACGUCUUCACGUUUCUAAGGUGCCCCUUUGACUCAAAGCCAGUAUUAAAAGACAACAAAAGUUAAAGACACGGUUUAUUAAGCAAUGCAUCAACGUGAACAAUUGUUAGUUUGUCGGUUUUUAUUUCAAUAAGUAUCAUUAUGCUUGCCAUUAUAUGUGUGUUUAAAAGUUUGUUUUUACCUUAAUGUUUUACUUUGGGUGUUCCUUAAUGUAUUUAUACAUAUGCAUGUUCUCUAGACAUUAUGUAUUUCCCGUCAUGUGUGCAUAGUCAUAACAAGCCAAGAAACACCAAUGAUUUAGAUUUUUGUGGGUUAAUUGUGUUUUUUUAUGGUAAACUGUUAAUUAUGAAUUUGGACUUUAGAGUUUAUCUUCUUCUUUUUUCUUAUCCGAAACUAUUAUACACUAAUAAUUUUUUUUUAUAUAUCUUAUCAACUGAUAUUGUCGAUAAUUCACUUACUAUUUUCAUACCACACUGGUUAAU